CUCCUGGGCCCGCUGGGAGAGGUGUUGGAGCGGUUUGAACCUGUACAUAUACUGAAAUGAAAUUCAUCUCCUUUGUUAUUGUUUCUUGGAUAUUGGCUAUCCUUGGCCCCACUCCCCUUAAGCAGUAAGCCUGCAUCUCUACACAUCGCCCCUGCAGUGUCUCUGGUCACAAUUAUCUUCCAGUUUUUGUCUAACAAACAGUCCUCCGUACAUGGUCACAACACGUAUACAUGACUCGAACAUCUCAACUAUCGAUUUCAAAGCCAAAGCGCUCUACGAAACAUGGCAUCGCCCCACGUACUGAAUCGCCAAACAGACAUCGAGAAACAGUCUUCGACAAUAUCGGGCGGGGACACUCGACGCCCGCACUCUACGCUGUUCACCAACUUUUAGUCUGCAUCCCCAUUGCAAUGCCCGUACUUCCACUGCCCAUAUACCCAGGAAAUUACUCACCCAUCUGCACGCCUCCCUUGCCCACCCCCUUUUUUCCCAAUCCAAACGCUUUAUUCUCUGCCUCCCUCUUCUCGUUUUCUCUUUUCUCGUACUCCUCUCUAUCAACGAGUGUAGCGUCGUCCUUGACUGAUGCGGAAGAGGCGAGUGUAUCGUCGUCCUUGCCCGACGCUGAAGUGGAGAACGAGAGACGCUUGGCCUUGUCCUUGAUGCUGGAAAGGGCGGCGCGCAUGCUUGGUCUGGAGGACUUCCCCUUCUCAGACGCCGACGCAUUCUCCCCCUCCUGGGCCACUUGUUCGUCCGUCUGCGCUGGCAGCGUAGCUUGUGCUAGGAGCAUGGCUUGGCCUUGCCCCCGCUCUUGGGCGAGGUGGAAGAUGCUGAGCUUGAGGCAUCUUAUCCGCUGUGGGAGGCACCAACAAUCUCCUGGUGUGAAUAGUGGGGGCGAUGUCGCUGGAGCCGCUUGGGUGGAGGUGCAAAAAUUUGGAGAAAGGCGAGGCUCGGAUGUGUUCGAUGGACAAGAUGGCGGAGUAUCUGCGAGCUCCGUCGUAACCUGUCGUAGUUGCUGCCUUGGUCGUAUUUGUAUUGGGAGGAAUUAUCCAGUAGAGGUGCGUACGCGCUCUUGUCGCGACCUGUUCGUGGAAGGUUCUGAAGGGGGAAAGCCGACUGCUGGUAUCAAGUGCGGUUUGCGUAAUUGUCGACAGCUUAUGGUAAGCCGAUUGCAAAGAGUGCGUAGUUAAUUGAACUUCGUGGGUGCCUGUGUGAGUGCUUGCGUGUGUGGAUCCAAAUCAGUGAUAGUGGUGAUGAUGCGGCCUCAGUAGCCUGGCGUCGAGGCAUCUUAUGUCUACGUAAGAUGCCA